CCAGCUUGGCCUAACCACUCCCUUGCACAUUACUUUAUACAUUUAUAAAUCAUCUUGUGUCCAAGUAGUGUGUUGUGCACAUUGUACAGUAUGUUCCUGUUGACUACUACUUUUUACUUCUAUAGGCAAUUCAACGGUCAUAUUUCUUGACAGUGCCAAACGAAUAGUGAGUGAGCCGCCAAAAUGGGCAAGCUCCUGUCAAAAAUCUUUGGCAACAAAGAGAUGCGUAUUCUAAUGCUGGGACUUGAUGCUGCUGGGAAGACAACUAUUCUGUAUAAACUCAAACUAGGCCAGUCUGUGACUACCAUACCCACCGUAGGAUUCAAUGUAGAAACUGUUACGUAUAAGAAUGUCAAAUUUAAUGUCUGGGAUGUGGGGGGACAGGAUAAAAUACGCCCUCUUUGGCGACACUAUUAUACAGGGACGCAAGGGCUGAUAUUUGUUGUCGAUUGUGCAGAUAGGGAUCGAAUAGACGAGGCACGGCAGGAAUUGCAUCGCAUAAUUAAUGAUCGAGAAAUGCACGAUGCCAUUAUUUUAAUUUUUGCCAACAAACAAGAUCUUCCCGACGCAAUGAAACCUCACGAGAUCCAGGAAAAACUUGGUCUAACGAGAAUACGUGACAGAAACUGGUAUGUCCAACCUUCGUGCGCAACGACCGGUGAUGGCUUGUUUGAGGGCCUUACGUGGCUCACUAGUAACCAUAAGUUAUGAACAAAUAGUUUAGUGUACCCUUUUGAUCUACGGCUGGGUCAACACGCACGCUUGUGAUUGUAUUCUAACCAACCAAGUUACCAGCUUUCCAAAUACUUGACAAACAGUUCAAUUCUCUACCCAAGUAUUUCCAGUUACAUUUUGAUAACACAUCGAGUUCGCGACACAAUGAACAUCGAGUAUAACAUUUUUUUGGGAUCGCCAAUAUGAAUCUUGGAAAUGUCCAGGAAUCGUCGGUGGUUGUCCAUUGCUUCAUGUCAAACUGUGUGGUGAGAAAUUAACAAAAUAAUAACAAUAGUGCUCAACGGGGGUUCAUAAUUUGUUACUGACAGUUUGUUACCUUGGAAAAUGCUCUUUGUUCUUUGGUUUUGAUGUGUAAACUCAUGCAAAAUUCAGAAUAACAGAGGCGUUUUUUUAUGGCUAAUCCCUUUGUCGUGUACAUUAAUAAACCAUUUGAUCCCUUUGAUACAUAUAUGGUCCAAGCGAGCGUGUUGUAUUCACAACCUUCAACUUUCCCUAUCAGAUGUAAAAAUUUGUUCACCUUUUAGUUUUUUAAGGUCUUCGUCACAAGGUGUCGCAAUGCUAGAGUAAUAAACAUAAAAGAGUACCAAAAGAGCCCAUCCGUCAUUACUAUGUAUCAAUAAUCACUGCACAAAAAUUUUAAAAGACAAUUCUCGGUAAAUGCGAUUCCAUAUUUCAGCUCAAAAAACUGAUAUAAUCUGUUGCUGGAUGUAUCGCUAUCAUUUGAUAUUUUCAUCAAAUUUUUCACCAUGGUUAAAUCGUUGCCUGUCGCAGACACUGCCAACAAUUCAAUCGAUCCCUUAGUCGGUUCAAGUUCAACAAGGCUGAAUUUGCACAGUUUCGUGGGACAUGACCACUAGAUCGAUACCUGUCAGAAACUUGAAAAAAAUAGAUAAAUGAAAAGGCAGGAACUCCGGUACAGAUAGAAAAACUUUAGCAAUUGAAAGCGAAUUGAUACCAAGGCAUUGCGUGUGUGCAGCACAGAAAACUGAUAGAAAAAUUGUCAUUUUUAUAAUUCCAUUGUCAUAAUAUUAUUAUCACUGAAUUAUAACAAUUGAUACGAUAUACGUAUAAUUAUAUUUCGACACACCUGUUGCUGAUAGAUUUACGUAACCGGGGAGUCGGCAAAGUGAUACUUUUCUACCAGCUCUGUUGACUAUCGUUGAAUUUUUUGUAUAUUCGUCCAUCGUUCGUUCAUUGAGACUUCAAAUCAUGUUCCGGUCAUUUGAAGAAAUCCUUCAAGAAAAGAAACAAAAUAGAAAAAAGAAUCAGUAAAAAUCCUAGAAGUUCCCCCUUGAAUCAACGUACUAUAUUGAAUUAAUACGAAUUUUUUUCGUACUCCAUCAAACGGAGUGCACUCCAAACUUUAGUUCGAUCGGAUGUAAUCUUAUCGAAGUAACAUCGAAUCUAUGCGGAUAAAAACUACUGGAAUCGUACUGCUUCACGUUCUAUGUCGAUCUGCGCCUGAAACUCGAAGCAUUAAAUCAAUAAAUCCGUUGGACAUCGAUGCUCACGAAUAAAUUCCGAUAAUUAGGUAUUCCCUUUCGCUUAAUUAUUUACAAACUCUAUAGUCACCGCCUCGAAGUUGUAUGAUAAUAUAGUAUCGUGCGUUACGUGAAUGGUUCAAGUUUUUUACGUGAGAACUUGAUAUCACAGGACUAUUCCCUGGAUCCGUUAACAGUUACGUAUGCAUAUCAUUGAACAAAAGUUUGAUUAUUUCUUUUCUUUCCCUGCAAAAGCAUGUAGGGAAGUUUAAUUUUUCAUCGUAUUCUAACUUGCUAGGGGCCAUUUAGCUGUUAGGUAACGUUUUUGUCUAUACCUAGGUUCAAGUGAAGGCACAGUCAUCUCGGAAAAGGAGAUAUCGCUUAUUAUAACAUUGUAUACACUAUACAUAUUAUAUGGUACGCUCAUUAAACGAUUAUUGAUUAAUUAGUACUAAUUUUCAACAUUAAUAAAAUUAGUCACAUUUUAUAAAUGCGAUAUUAUACAUAUUAUAUUAUACAUAUACCUUACAAACGAAAGCAAGAAAAAAGAAAAAAUUGUCUGCAUGUACAUUAUUAUGUAACUUGUAUAAUAAAGAUUUGUUCCAAUUCAA